UAGAAGUAUAUAUUAUUCUUUCCCCCUGCAUUAUAUGACAGUACAACUAUAUAUUACUAUAAGUUAAUAUGUUAUCGUGAUUAGAAAAUGUUUAAAUUAGGUGUGCAGUGCUGGACUUGUCUGGGGCAUCUCUUUCACAAAUCUUAAACCACAUUGGCUAAGGGGACUGGAUUUGUUUGGCAUGCUUCCUCCCUAGUCUAGCUAGUCUCUAUCUCUAUUUCUCCUUUUCUCAAAACUCCAAAAAAUGCAACAACAUUUGCUUUGAUUUCUGUGUGAUAAAAGAGAAUCUUAAAUUCUUCCUCCGCAGUACCUAAUAAUGCUAUUUUAUUCUUUCCUCUUUUGAUUUUUUGUAGUUAUAUAUAUCUUUGGGGUCACUUUGGCAGUAUAUACUGCGGAAUGUGAAGGCAAAUUAAAGGCUAUCAUAGAAAGAAAGCCUAAGUCUCAAGUUUGGAUUGCAAGCUCUCCUGGCCUCAAAGUUCUUCCUCCUCCUAUUCUCUUCUCUUCAUAAAGGUACUACGUACGUUACAGGUAAUACAUUCCUAAUUUGGAGAUAUUGAGUCUAAUUGAAGAAACGUCUCUUCUUCUUCAAUCUUCUUAUCAGAAUUUCUUCAGUUUUAAAAAUGGAGAAGCUUCUCAAUCCAUACGAUAAGCAUUGCAUGAAGAUGGCCAUGUUAAAGCACGAAGAAAUCUUCAGAGAACAGUUGUACGAACUUCAUCGUCUAUAUCAAACUCAGAAAUCACUGAUGAAAAACAUGUCAAGUAGCCGGCCUCAACAAGUCAAAGAUCAUCAAGUGGUCAACCAUCAUCACAUUAAUCUUGACUCAAACAAGAAGGCCCCCCGUCAAUGUAUCGACUUGGAAAUAAGGCCAACUGAUCAAGAGCACAUUGCAGAAUCAGCUGGUCAAGAUAUUGAAGAUGAUAAUCAUGAAUUGGAGUUAACUUUAGGCCUGUCAAGUUAUAACAACCGCAGGAGAAAAACAGCUAAUUUUGAUUCUUCACCAAGUUUUUCUUCUUCCAAUUCCACGGGAUCCGCUUCUAGCCAAAUAAAGCAUACUACAAAUUUAGCAAGAAAUCCGAGGAAUGACCUGAAUGGACAUAAAUGGGGAGUUGAGAAUUUACCCGUAACGAAUCCGAGUUUCCAGCUUGGUGGGAGAACACAAAGUAAUCAAAAUGUUGAAGAGCAAUAUAGACAAGAUUCAUUGAAUAAUCCUCCUUGGCUUUUUCAAGUUUUGAGUUUGAAUAUGACUUGAAAGAGAAGAAGGAAAAAAAAAAAAAAAAAACGUAACUAAGUACAUUUGAUCUAUGAGCUGAUGAUAAGUCGGGUGUGAUAAGAUUUUAGACUUCAUCCUACCGACUACUUCUGUGAUUUAAUUUGUGUGAAUUAAUUUUAGUAUCUUUUGUUUCUUCAGUUAUAGUAUCAAUGGUUUCCUCA